CCCGCGGGCGCGGGGACCAGAGAGCAGCGCCCGCUCCGCUGGCGGUGGAACUGCGGGAGCGGCUGUGUUGGCCGCGCUGCGCCUCACUGCAUUUCCCGAGUGGGGGCAGAGCACUCGCAGGCGGGAGACGUCAGUGGCUAGGCGCAGAGGACGAGGGACCUUCAAACUCCUCCUCGGAGGCUCUUCUCCACCCCCUUUGGCCCCUGCCCUUGGAGAAAGUGGAGUGUGGCGCUCGGGCUGCUGUUAUUUCUCAGGACUGCCUGGCGGUGGCCGGAUUCAGCCUCCUGCCUGGCGGGGCUCUCUGCUGUUCGCGCGUCUCUUGGUGGCGUUCCCCUUCCCCGCACACCUCUGCCGACGAUGAGGAAAGGUCUGCGGGCUACAGCGGCCCGCUGUGGACUGGGACUAGGAUACUUGCUGCAGAUGCUUGUGUUACCUGCCCUGGCCCUGCUCAGCGCCAGCGGCACCGGUUCGGCCGCUCAAGAUGAUGACUUCUUUCAUGAACUACCAGAAACCUUUCCAUCUGACCCACCUGAGCCAUUGCCACACUUCCUCAUUGAGCCUGAAGAAGCUUACAUUGUGAAGAAUAAGCCCGUGAACCUGUACUGUAAAGCAAGCCCUGCCACCCAGAUCUAUUUCAAGUGUAACAGUGAGUGGGUUCACCAGAAGGACCACGUAGUGGAUGAGAGAGUAGACGAAACCUCCGGUCUCAUUGUGAGGGAAGUGAGCAUUGAGAUUUCACGCCAGCAAGUAGAGGAACUGUUUGGGCCCGAAGAUUACUGGUGCCAGUGUGUGGCCUGGAGUUCAGCAGGCACUACGAAGAGUCGGAAGGCAUAUGUGCGCAUUGCCUAUCUACGGAAGACAUUUGAGCAGGAACCCUUGGGAAAGGAAGUGUCUCUGGAACAGGAAGUCUUACUCCAGUGUCGGCCACCUGAAGGGAUCCCAGUGGCUGAGGUGGAGUGGCUAAAGAACGAAGAUAUCAUUGAUCCUGAAGAAGAUCGGAAUUUUUAUAUUACUAUCGAUCACAACCUGAUCAUCAAGCAGGCCCGGCUCUCAGAUACAGCAAAUUAUACAUGUGUUGCCAAAAAUAUUGUUGCCAAGAGGAAAAGCACCACAGCCACUGUCAUCGUGUAUGUUAACGGUGGCUGGUCUACUUGGACAGAAUGGUCUGUGUGUAACAGCCGUUGUGGACGAGGAUAUCAGAAACGUACGAGAACCUGCACCAACCCAGCCCCACUCAAUGGUGGGGCCUUCUGUGAAGGGCAGAGUGUGCAGAAAUUAGCAUGCACUACAUUGUGCCCAGUGGAUGGCAGGUGGACAUCGUGGAGCAAAUGGUCAACCUGUGGGACUGAAUGUACCCACUGGCGCAGGAGAGAGUGUACAGCACCCGCACCCAAGAACGGGGGCAAAGACUGUGAUGGCCUGGUCCUGCAAUCCAAGAACUGCACUGACGGGCUGUGCAUGCAGGGAUUCAUUUACCCCAUUUCAACUGAACACAGAACCCAGAAUGAAUAUGGAUUUUCUUCUGCUCCUGACUCAGAUGAUGUGGCGUUGUACGUUGGGAUCGUGAUAGCUGUCACCGUUUGUCUGGCGAUCACUGUUGUAGUGGCCCUGUUUGUCUACCGGAAGAACCACCGUGACUUUGAGUCUGAUAUCAUUGAUUCCUCAGCACUCAAUGGCGGCUUUCAGCCUGUGAACAUCAAGGCUGCCAGACAAGAUCUCCUGGCAGUCCCCCCGGACCUCACCUCAGCUGCAGCCAUGUACAGGGGGCCUGUCUAUGCUCUGCACGAUGUCUCAGACAAAAUACCCAUGACCAAUUCUCCAAUUCUGGACCCACUGCCCAACUUGAAAAUCAAAGUGUAUAACACCUCGGGUGCCGUCACUCCUCAGGAUGACCUCUCUGAGUUCACAUCCAAGCUGUCGCCCCAGAUGACCCAAUCCUUGCUAGAGAAUGAGGCUCUUAACCUGAAGAAUCAGAGUCUCGCGAGACAGACUGACCCAUCCUGCACAGCGUUUGGCACCUUCAACUCACUUGGGGGUCACCUCAUCAUUCCUAACUCAGGAGUAAGCUUGCUGAUUCCCGCUGGGGCCAUUCCCCAAGGGAGAGUCUACGAAAUGUAUGUAACUGUACACAGGAAAGAAAAUAUGAGGCCCCCCAUGGAAGACUCUCAGACCCUACUGACCCCUGUGGUGAGCUGUGGGCCUUCUGGAGCUCUGCUGACCCGCCCCGUCAUCCUCACUCUGCAUCACUGUGCAGACCCCAACACUGAAGACUGGAAGAUCCAGCUCAAGAACCAGGCAGUGCAGGGGCAAUGGGAGGACGUGGUGGUGGUGGGAGAGGAAAACUUCACAACGCCCUGUUACAUUCAGCUGGAUGCAGAGGCUUGCCACAUCCUCACAGAGAACCUCAGCACAUAUGCCCUGGUUGGGCAGUCCACCACCAAAGCAGCAGCCAAGCGCCUGAAACUGGCCAUCUUUGGCCCCCUCUGCUGUUCUUCCCUGGAGUACAGCAUUAGAGUUUACUGUCUGGAUGACACACAGGAUGCGCUAAAGGAAGUUCUACAGUUGGAGAGGCAGAUGGGAGGACAGCUCCUAGAAGAACCCAAGGCUCUUCAUUUUAAAGGCAGCAUCCACAACCUGCGCCUGUCGAUUCAUGACAUCGCCCAUUCCCUAUGGAAGAGCAAACUGCUGGCUAAGUAUCAGGAAAUUCCAUUUUACCACAUCUGGAGUGGCUCACAAAGAAACCUCCACUGCACCUUCACCCUGGAAAGACUCAGCCUGAACACAGUGGAGCUGGUUUGCAAACUCUGUGUGAGGCAGGUGGAAGGAGAAGGGCAGAUCUUCCAGCUCAACUGCACUGUGUCAGAGGAACCUACUGGCAUCGAUCUGCCGCUGCUGGAUCCUGCAAGCACCAUCACCACUGUCACAGGACCAAGUGCUUUCAGCAUCCCUCUCCCUAUCCGGCAGAAGCUGUGCAGCAGCCUGGAUGCCCCCCAGACAAGAGGCCAUGACUGGAGGAUGCUGGCCCACAAACUCAACCUGGACAGGUACCUGAAUUACUUUGCCACCAAAUCAAGCCCAACUGGUGUGAUCCUGGAUCUCUGGGAAGCGCAAAACUUCCCAGAUGGAAACCUGAGCAUGCUGGCAGCUGUUCUGGAAGAAAUGGGAAGACAUGAAACAGUAGUGUCCUUAGCAGCAGAAGGGCAGUAUUGACCGGCCAUACUGGAAUUGAGGGACAAAAUUACACACAGGGAGUCUGUGUCCAGGGGAACCACAACUGAGGAGGAAAUCCAGAUGGGACCAAGGCACUUCUCAGGCAAGAUGACAGCAGGAAAGAAAGGUGGGGGACAGACACAACCACCAAGGUACACGCCCACUUCAUUCGGACAGCACCACCACAGGAGUUAAGAAAAAUUGUGUAAAUUUGUACCUUGAAUUUAGAAGUCAAUCUAAUUUUCUCUUCGUUGGGCUGUAUGCUGUAUGGUACAGGAUCUUACAGUUUCCUAGGAAACGCUUUUUAUUGCUAUCCAGAUGUAUGGAUAAACUUUCUUAACAAACCCAGUUUCUACAAACGUUGUUUACAUCAAACUGGACAGGGAUGCAGACACUGUCCAUGGCUUGUUCUAUUUUUGUUCCAAUCAUUUGAAGUUGAAGCUGUGGACGGUUUGUUGAGUCUAUUUCAGAUUAGUAAUUUACAGAGAAAUCACAGACUUUUGCUACAAAUCGUGUACACCAAGUGUCUCAGAUAACCCUCCCUUCAGUGUUCUGUUUCUGAAACUUGUCGGACCAGUGUUGGCAUUUGUAUCAGGGAAGUGGAGAAUCUAAAAGGAGAAACGACUAAGAUUCCUUAUGCCAUAAGGUAACCAAAUUGGCUUCCUUUGGGAACAGAGCUGUAGCAUUGCAGGGAAGAGAGUGAUCAUGUUCCUCCACACAAACAUCUGUACCACAUGUGUUUGUAAUAUGCAAUUUCAAGUGUUUUUUUAAAAAAAUAUUAUCAUUAUUAUUGUUGAUUAUAACAAAUAUUCUAGUAAAAAGUUUUUCUUUUGUUUUAGUUAGGAGUACUGUUAGUAUUUGGUAUUGACUAGACCUGUCUCCUUUUCUUGCUUAAAGAGGUGGGCAUGGUCACCAAGUUAGUUCAAUAGGCUUUGCUUCCUUGACCUUUGAUACAGAGACUAAAAUGUUCGCUGUCUGUCUGCUUUUGCAGCAUGUUCAGGCAGUCUUUCCAUUCUGAAUCUUAUGAUUAGGAGGGUUCUCUAUGUAAAGCUCAUUUAAUCUUGUGGCUGUCUAAUAUCUGAGAGACAGUGUGGUUUGUGGGCAAUAGUUUCUGAACUAGGAAUCAGGAAACCAAUUAUCAUUCUGGAGUUGGUCACUGUCUUGACUGUGUGACCUUGGGGAAAACAUUAGAACUCACUGUAGCUCAUUAUUUAACUGUAAACCAUGGGGUGAGAUCUGAUCAUCUCAAGAUUCCAGAGUGCUAAACUCUCAUUGUGAUGUCAUCACUCUUGUUCAUCAGUUGGAAGAUUAUUAGAAAUUCUGGCCUGGACCAUUCAUUCCCCCCAGACUUUUUCUGGAAUAUAUUGCAUCUUUCAGAUAGUAUUGACCUGAGAGGGUAUUACUUCAACCUGCAUUUAUUUGGUUCUUUGUAUCAUGGUUGCAUGUUGCUGUUCACUGAGAGAUGGCAUCCUUUUAUUAUCAUUGUCUUGUCCUCUGGAGGGAGGAGGGCUACACCCAGCCUUCCAAAUAGUUGUGAAUCUUCUUCACUCAUUUAUUGAUCUCUGGAUCUCAAGACCAUUUCUACAAAGCACCCAUGCAGCUGAAGGAAUCGGUAUAGUUUCUCUUCCAUCAUUAGUCUUUAAUAAUAUUCAGUUGUAUUUGCAGAGUUUAAUUAGCUCUUUUAUCCUCAAAAAGUUAGUUUUAAAAGCUAUGAGUUUUCCUUGGAACCAUCAUGAACUUCAUUCAGCAGAUGGAGAAUGAAAACUUAGCAGCCCCAGUCACAGUUAGCCAAACAGGGAGUGCCCAUGUCCUUAAACCAGAGCCUUCAAAACAUGGCUGUGGCUUGCUUUGGGGCUGGAAGUAUCUAGUAUGCAGAAUGGAUUCCAGUUAGAACUCAUUUUGCCAAUUUCCUCUCCUAUUUCUGUUACUUCUUGAUAUUCUCUGAUGCUGCCAUCUAGGUCAUUAAAGAACUGUGGAUAUGGU